UCCUCUCUUCUGUCCUGUAUCCUAGGCAUGGCUCCAAUUCGGGACUCGGCCAGCCACUCUCCUAACCAAACAGGUUUGGACCCCCCUGGCCUGGAUUCUCAGUAUGAGAAUUGCCCCUGGAGCUCUGGUUCUCCCUGCAGCAGAGACAGUAACUGGGACACGGUGCUGGUAGACUCGGUCGGCAGCGACACGCCUUCCUCCUCCUCCUCCUCGGCAGCCGGCAACGACCCCGAGCUCACCUCAGAAUGCAUGGACACGGACUCUGCCUCUAGCUCUGGUGGCUCGGAGAGGAACUUGGUCACCUCGAUGACGCGUCGUCGCCGCCACCACCUCCCGGCACCAAAGGGAACGGAGGCCGUAACGGGAACCACUUCUCCCCGUUGACUAACGGCAGCGUUCCUCCCGGUAGCAGCAAUAACAUCAUAAUGUGUAACGGGCCGGCGAAAGGCCCCAACGACGCCUC